CUAAUUAUUUGUCACCAAUGUAUGGUUAUUUAAUUGAUAAUGUAAUAGAGUUUACCGUAUUACUAGAAAAUGGCGAUAUAGUUAAAGCAAAUAAAGAUAACCAAUACAGUGAUUUAUAUUGGGCACUAGCUGGAAGUGGCCAUGGUGGAUUUGGCAUAGUUGUAGAUUUCAAAAUUAAGCUGUAUCCAAUAGAGCCCUAUUACUACGAAAAUGCAAUAACCUAUGCACUCAAAGAUACCAAUAGGUUAUUUGAAAUUAUAAAUACAUACAUGGAAAGCUUGGAAAAAUGUAAACUAAACAGAAUAGGGGUUAGUAUAGAUACUAGAUUUAACAACGUCGACGAUAAAGUGAACUGUACAUUAAUAUACUUUUACAACGGUGCCGUAGACCAAGGAGAACUAGAGUUUAAAAAGUUUUAUAACCUUUUUAAAAUCGGUGGUUUAGAUGUCCAAGUUGAAGAAUUUGACGGCUCAAAGAUAAAGAAAUCAAUUUUAGAUAUAAUUAAAUCAGUUCCUCUUGACAAUGGUACAUUUAGACAGUAUUCAAAAUGCAGGUUCAUAGCAAAUCUAAAUAAAGACAUAUCAAAAACAUAUAAAGAAAUUAUAGAUCUUGGUUUAGAAACUAAAAAUAAACAACUAAUCGACUCUAGUGACCAGUUUGAAAUAUCUGCGUCUAUAUACUACCAAGGUGGUAAACAAAGUCAAUAUGAUCCAAAUAUUAACAAUUCUUUUAUUCACCGAGGUGAUGAUUACAAUUGGACAGUAGUUAUUAUUUGUAAAUAUAACAAUGAGGCGAAUGACGUCCCAUUUUUAAAAUAUAAAGGUGAAAUCAAUAAAAGAAUGCCUAUUUUCCACAACCAAAUUUAUCAAAACUAUCCAGAUGACGACAUAACCAAUUGGCAAGAAGCCUACUAUGGCUAUAACUAUCCAAAACUUCAACAAAUUAAAUUAAAAUAUGAUCCAAACAAUUAUUUUAAAUUUCCACAAUCAAUAGAAUUACCAAAUAAUAGUAAUAAUAAUAAUAACGAUAGUAAUAAUUUUAAACAUUUAAUAAAAUUUUAAAAGC